AUGGGACAAAGGUUUUCUAUUUCUUCUGACUCACCGGAUUCCUCCAAUUGUGGUUCUGAACUUUUAGGAGGGGAUUAUGUAAAAUUAAAACCACAAGAAGACUAUAAUACUCCUCUCAAGAUAAACCCCAAGGAGCUGCACUUUCCAUUUGAAUUGAAAAAGAAGAGCUCAUGCACUUUGCAGCUAUCUAAUGAUUCCGAUGAUUAUGUGGCUUUCAAGAUUAGGGCUUCAAAUCGAAAGAAUUAUAGUAUUAGUCCAAAUCACAUUGGAGUUGUGUUGCCUAGUUCUACUUGUGUUAUCACAGUUACAAUGCGAGGGAAAAAGGAAGCACCUCUUGACAUGCAAUACAAAGAUAAGAUUAUCAUUCGAAGCAUAGUUGCAAAGGAUGAAACAAUCGUAAAAAAUAUCACUUCAGAAAUGUUUUACAAAGAUUCCGGCUAUGAGGUUAAAGAAUGCAGAUUGAAAAUUGUUUAUGUCGCUCCUCCUCAAUGA